AUGGUCGGGGCCGAUACAGGGACCCUUCAGAUAGGAUCCGAGCGACCCGAGAUGGAACGAUUCCGCAAAAUCACCUGUGGGGCGGCUGACUUGAUUACCGUGUGUCGCACGUGUCUCACGCGAUACCAUACCCAUGCACUGCACUAUUCACUCAUUAGGCAUAGCUCCUUUCUCGUACAGUACAUAGUCAGCUCAGAGCUCUAUCAAGCUCCUCAGACCUUACAAUACACUCGUUCCACUUUGUUUGAAUCUCGCUCCCUUGUCAACUCGUUUGCCAUAUGCCCCCUCCUAAGCCCAUGCAAGACCGUCUCUGUACCACUACGCCAAUACAACCAAAAAGCACCAUCUCGGCCUUACACGUAA